AUGGCACUGGUCGGAACCCUCCUGUUUUGCACAGACUGCGGUAGCAUCCUGGAACGUCACCCUCCAGACCAACACUUGAUCAAAUGCGACGUCUGUUCCACCCUGAACAACAACAACUGGCCCGCCUCUCAAAAGACCACCAGUGCACCUCAUGCAUUCCCCUCUCGUCUUUUCGACAAGCGCUCAAACGUGCAGAUCCUGACCGCCGAUGAUCGAGAUACCUGGGCCCUGACCUCGGGAAUCUGUCCAAAGUGUGAAAACGACAAACUAAAGUUCCGCGACAUUCAGACGCGUGGAGCGGAUGAGGGCAGCACUAUCUUCUACAAGUGCCCUGCUUGCGGUCAUGGGUAA